AUGCAGCCUUGGUCCAACAAUGGCCAAAACGGCGCUGAUGAGACACAGCACCAGUGGCAUAACAACUAUGGGUUUCCAGCACAGAAUGGCCAAUUCGACCCUCAUCAAGCCUGGUCGCAGCCUGUAGGCGAUCAGGCCGCCUAUUCUCAAAUUAACCCACAAGAUGCUGCCGCCUCCAACUUUUUCGAUUCCGACCAAGGCCACUCCUUCCUUUCCGGGACUUUACAUGGCUCCCAGCAAGACCAACCAGGCUACCACUCUGGCCAUGACUCUCUGUCAAUGAACCAGCAGUUUCCACAGCAGACAUCCGAUGUAAUGGAUACAGAUUUUAAUGCCAUGCAUCCUGAUAUCUAUAGCCAGCACGGGAAGAUGAAUCUGGAUACUGCCAUGGCUGGUAUUGGACAGCUCUCGAAUCACCCUCAUUCCUCUAAUUUUCCGUAUUCUAUGGCACCGCCCAGCGAGUCGUCUUUCGAAUCACCCAUCCAGCAAUUUUCUCAGCCACAUGUGAUGCCUCAGCCAAGUCGGCAGCAGAGCCAUACACCGGUACAGCAGUUUGAUGCUAUCCAACCUUCUUUCGCACAGGGCCAUAGUUUCAGCAGACCCCCUCAGCAGUCUCCUGUCCAGAGCCAACAGCAAUACAAUCAGUCUGCUUUUUCGCCCCCGGUUAAUGGCCAAACCCCGCAAUCUCGGCCAAAUGAACAGAUGAACUUUCAGCAGUCCCAUCAAGGUCGCCAACAGCCUCCUCCCCAACAACAACAUGCUCAACAACAGCCGCCGACUGUUCAGCCCCAAUUUGCCCCUAAGCAGCCCAUUUCCUAUCCUCAAACCUCGCAGCCUUUGCCUGCUCAAAACUUCCAGCAGCAGAUGCACCAGCAACAACCGCACUUCAUUGGCAAUGCCUCCUCGCCACCAGCCACUAACAACCCGUAUCUUAUUCCUCAACCUAUCAACAAUCAAGACACUGGUAUCGCUCAGCACGUCACCAAUGAGCCUCCUGCUAAAAAGAGGAAGCGAGCGGUGAAGAGUGCCCCGGAUACUCCGACGCCAGAGCCUGCUGCGACAUACAUUGACUCGCCUGUGGGCUCUCCUGCUGUAAAGAAGGUUGACGAUGUCGAUGGUCUGCCCGCUCCUACACCUUCCCCUGAAGAGGCCCAGUUGAUUGCUCAAUCUAACAAGCGAACCAAGGCCGCUCAAGCCAAACAUCCUGCGAUCAAGGGCCUUCCCCAUUUAAUCUACGAGGGGACAACUAAGCUUCCAGCCCCAAAGAGCUACGAUAAGCUCGCUCCUCUAGUAGCCCUGCCAGCUCGUAGCGGAAGACAGAUGGUUCCUGAACUUGGUUACAACCUCCCAUGUGAAGUCCAAGGCCGAUUCACAAAUCAGUACCGGCCUUCUCCCGAUAAGGGAGGACUGGACGAGAGGCGCAUGGAGGCUAAGGGACUAUUGGAUGAUUUUGACCGGUCCAUGAAGAACUUAGGGAAACGUCGCCCAAAGUACACAGAGUACCCACACGCUUUCAAAGAACAACUUAAAUCCGAUGAAGCUUCCAAGAACAAGGCAGAGAAAAAGGCAAAAAAAGAGCAGGAGGAGGAACGAGGCAAACCAAUGCGUCCCGUUAAUCGCCCAACAGAUCCCGCUGAAGCAGCGGCCUGGGAUGCCAUCGGGAUGGUCCACAUUGAGCAAUCUGUUGCGAGGACAAACACAUUGAUCGCAACACGUGUUCAACAAGCAGGCGAGUAUUUCAUUAAACUUCGUAGUGAUAUGAAUCGCGCCAAGCAGGAACUUGAUCAGGCUGUAAAGGAUAAAGUAUCUGAAGCUGCGCUAGCCAAUGCGAGGAACGAAUUCGAACAAAAGAAGCGGAUACUUUAUCGUGCUUUGGAUGCCACUAUCGAGCAUGCUGAUGACGCUGUCCUGGAUAAUCUUGGAGGCCACCAAAAGCUUGUUUCGACUUUGGUAAACGCAUUGAUUAUGUGUAUCAAGGCAGGCGACUUUUCUGGAGAGCUUCCCAAAAUUGUCCUCGAGAUGUUUACCCAUUUUCCUAUGACGAAAAGGAUCGCCGAGACGACCAACUUUGAGACAGUCCGAAAACGAUUUGCCGACAAAGGUGAUGGUGAAGUCAAGGAGCUUGUAUCUGAAAUCACGGCCAAGGUAAAAAAGCUCAAGGCUAAUGAGCCUGAGACAAGCACUGGGUACACCGGCACUUCUGCAUUAAGCAGAGCAAAGACCAAGUCUGGCAUGGAAUCUUCAGCUAAGCGUGCUCGUGACGACGAACCUGACACGCGCACGGUAAAGAAGAUUGCUGUAGAACCUUCUGGCGGCGGUUCUCUUAUGAGGAAACUUGCCACACCCAAGAUUCAACUUCAAUCAGCCUCUAAAACCAGUGCCGCAAAGGCUGCUGCUGCUUCUAUCCUGCCAGGGAAAACUAGACCGGUGGCUAAGUCGGUUCUAAAACCCGAAGUCAAGCCAGAUGCCAAGGCUGCAAAUGACGAGAAGGCCAAACCAGAGUCAAAGCCGUCACGAACGGAAGUCAAAACAUCUACAUCCCGCAACGGUAGUACUGCAGCCACAACUUCGAGCGCAGCUUCGAGUGCUUUAUCUGGCAUUGCCUCGCUUCUUGACUCUAUCAAUGCCCCAAAGCCUGAAUCUCCUGUUCAACCUAAGGAAACCGAUGGCCCCGAAACGUCUGAAACGCCCGAAGAGAAGGCCAAGCGGCUUCGCAAGGAGGCUCGCCGUAAACUUCGAGUCACUUGGAAGCCCGAAAGCGAGCUUGUGCAGGUCAAGAUUUUCCAGAAGGAAGAUGCCGAGGACGAGGGCAGAGAGCAGAACAUGAUUCGAGACGCUGCUGAUGAUCGAUCUGAAGGCAUGGUAUUGAAACAGCGCGCCGACGUGGAUGAAGAUGAGGACGAUGACGAUGUUCCUUACCAACCUUGGAUGGGGCCAGUUGGGAUUGAUCUUUCAAGAUUGCCAACUGACGUCCGGAAUAAGAACUACGUUAACAGAGGUGGAAAUGUCACAUUCACGACAGAAGAACAGCAGCGAAUCGCCGAUAGGGAGCAACGGGAGCUCGUGGCUAUAUACACAGAUCCGGCCGACAUCCCACCAACGCCCAAAUCACCGCCACCCGAGGCCGCAACGAUCACACAGCAAAAGCCGCAACACCUACCUGAUGACGCCAAGUUCCAGGAGAUCCAGGCUCGAUGGCGUGAUGAGCAGCAAGCAGGAGCUGAUCGAGCGCUUUACUCGGCGCUCCAGCGCAUCGAUGCGAAGAACAACCCAGCAUAUCGCAUUGACUCAAUCAUGAGUAACCUUCGAGGCACCCCUGCAGCGCAACAACACCAGCGCACUUCGCCUUCCCACCACGCUUCCAACUUGGCCAAUGAUACUCUGCCUAUUAUCGCAGGCCGUGCUGUUCUAGAGCAGAUAAUCGCUAUCCUCAAAUCCGAUAAGGCUAGGAACUGGCGAGAUCCCAACCCAAGUGCAAGUGAUGUUUGGCGGGCGUACAAGUACCCUGACUCAGCUGGUUUUUGUGGAAGUGUUAUUGAAAAUGUUACCAAGUCUAUGGCUGGCCUACCGUUUCCCUCCAACUCGCCUCCUGAGUGGAUCUUGCAUGAUCAGGAGAAAGUUCGCGAAUGGCAAAUAGGCUACAACAAAGAAUUGGCAGCUCGACAAAAGAGGGAAGAGGAGGAGCGCGCGAGAGCAGAAGCAGAGGCAAAUGCCCUGCUAUCAGCGAUGUCCGGUGCUUCAUCUGGCCAAGCUCCAGCUAACCCUCAGGACUGGACUGCUUUUUACGCUCAGCAACAGCAAUACGCCCCCUAUAUGGCUUUGUUGCAGCAGAUGAAUGGAGGUCAGCAGCCAGCUCAGCCUCCAACAAGCGCUGUACCCUCGCAGCAGCAGCCACCAAUCCCCGAGAACCAGCUUCAGUCUAUUUUGGCUGCCAUCAACCAGCCAUCACAGGGUACGGCACAACAAGCAGCAGCCUCAAGUGCAGCUCCUUAUCUCAACCCCAAUGACCCAUCAUCAUACCAGCAGUAUAUGAUGUUGAGCCAGAUGGCGCAGGGUCAACAGGUCCCGCCUCCGCCUCCACCUGCCGCCGAGCGCGAUUGGGAGCGAGAGAGAGACCAUGGCCGAGAUCGUGACCAAGAUAGAGGAUGGGACCGCGAUCGUACGUUUGACCGUGAUGACCAUCACGCAGGCAGAGGCGACGGCAAAGACGGACGGAAAAAGAGAGGUACCCUCCCACCACACAAGCCUGCCAACAAGGCACUUAUUGGCACUAAGCCAUGCACCUUCUGGCAGCAGGGCAAGUGUGCCAGAGGCGACAAAUGUACAUUUCGACAUGACUAA